AUGAUUAACGGAGGUGAUCAGCCGGAGGGGUUGAAUCUUGAUGAGUGUCGGCCAAGUAUUUCAUCGCCGGUAGGAUGGAUACCGGCUGGACUUGCCAACCUUGGUAACACAUGCUUUCUCAAUUCGAUCAUGCAAUGCUUCAUUCAUACGGUGCCUCUAGUCGAAGGUCUUUUUACGUGCAGCCAUGCUUCUAAUGAUGGUCACAAUGGAUACUGUGUUAUCUGCUCUUUCCACUACCAGAUGCAACUUUCCUUGCGUUAUACUGGAAGAGUUAUCUCCCCUAAGAUCAUUGUGGAAAAUUUGAAUCAUUUUUCUUCGAUGUUUCGAAGAUAUCAACAAGAGGAUGCCCAUGAGUUUAUGCAAUGUGUAUUGGAUAAACUUGAUUCAUGUUUUUUAGAUUUGAAGAAGAAUGAUCCAAAAUUUGAGGGCGAUAAUAUCGUAAAGAAAGUUUUUGGAGGCAGUUUGGUUAGCAGGCUUCGGUGUUGCAACUGUGGUCGCUCUUCUGACACUAAUGAACCAUUGAUUGAUUUGAGUCUAGAAAUAGAAAAUGUAGAAACUCUUUCAAGUGCUUUAGAUUCUUUCACUACGGUGGAAGAUAUUGAUGCGAAGUUUAAAUGCGAGGGCUGCAACGAAGAAGUUUCUAUGGAGAAACAGCUUAUGUUGGAUCAGACACCUUCGAUUGCUGCCUUCCACUUGAAGAGGUUUAAGACAGAUGGGGUUUUUGUUGAAAAGAUUGACAAGCAUAUCGAUUUCCAGUUGCAAUUGGACAUGCAGCCUUACACCAUUUCGAAUGAUGCAUCGUCUAAAUACUAUCUAUAUGCAGUUGUUGUCCAUACUGGAAUUUCAUCUACUUCAGGGCAUUAUUUCUGCUUCGUUCGCACUGCUCCGGGUACGUGGCAUAAAUUGGAUGACUCAAUGGUUACUAAGGUUUCUGAAGAGACUGUGCUGUCUCAGGAAGCAUACAUAUUGUUUUAUGCUCGACAAGGUACACCGUGGUUUUCAAAUUUUGCAGAAUCUACAAUUCCAAGCUUGAAUCUGAGUCGGAUGAAUACGUCCCCCAAGUCUGUUUUAAACGAAAAUAUUGAAAGGAGCAGGGCUGGUGAAUCCGGAGAAUUUUUUGAGAGGAAGUUUGAGUAUUCUUGUCCACAAAGCCGCAAGUUUAUUGAUACUUUUCCUCAUCGCGAACAACUUCCUUUUGGGUCAUCAAAUCAGAAAACUCUUAAUCAGAAAGUCCGCGUGCAGCAUUGGAAUUCUACCAAUUUGGCUUCUAUUGCAAAGCUUAGUGGAAGUUCAUAUGUUAAGAAUGUUGCUCCUGAUAGAAACGAACGCAGUUUGGAAGUUUAUGAUUUCACAGAGAAUGAUGAUUUCAAUCCUUUAACUCCUUCCAACUCUCCUCCUUUCCAGAUUUCACGCGAUCAUUUGAAGACAGAGAAGCAAAGGAGUAGCAGUAAAAGAUCAUCAUACAAGUCAAAUGACAAUCCUGAAAAUAAAGCUGCCAUUUCUUAUGUGAAGAAUAUGCAUGGUUCAAGGAGAGAUGCAUUUUUGAACAUAAUUAACAAGAGACAAAAGAUUGAUUCAUCGCAGUCUAACAAAGGCAGCAACAGUGCUUCCAGGAAAUCAAGCCACGCUUCUGUUGUCAGCUUGCUCCCUAGAAAUCAAGCGAUGCGUCUGUUGGCAGCUGGGAAUUUCACAGCGAAUAGUCUCUGA